AUGGUUGGCGAGAAGGUUGACGUGAUCAUAUCUGAAUGGAUGGGAUAUUGCCUCUUCUAUGAGUCGAUGUUGAACACUGUUAUUUUCGCACGAGAUAAAUGGCUAAAGGAAGACGGUCUAAUAUUCCCGGACAAGGCCAAAUUGUACUUAUGUGCGAUUGAAGAUCGGCAAUACAAAGAGGAUAAAAUCCACUGGUGGGAUAAUGUUUACGGAUUUAACAUGUCUGCCAUUCGCAAGGUUGCCAUUACUGAGCCACUUGUCGAUGUUGUCGAUAAUGCGCAAGUAGUAACCAAUAAUUAUUGCAUCAAAGAGAUCGAUCUCUACACCGUCAAGGUCGAAGAUCUGACGUGGAGUUCAGACUUCCAGUUGCGCUGUGCCAGAAACGACUACGUCCAAGCACUAGUCACCUUCUUCACAGUCGAGUUCUCGAAGUGUCAUAAAAGAACUGGAUUCUCAACGGGACCAGAUGUUCAGUACACGCACUGGAAGCAGACUGUUUUUUAUCUCAUGGAUGCGCUUACCGUGAAAAAGGGUGAAGAAAUAACAGGCAAUUUUUCUGUGACACCGAAUGCCAGGAACGAGCGUGACCUCGACUUCAAAAUCAAGGUGGACUUCCAUGGAGAUGUUUGCGAGCUUCGCGAAGAGAAUGUUUAUACAAUGCAUUAA